AAGGCUCCAACAAGAGAGUGAUAGCAAUAUCCGUUGCUGCGCUGGGCUUGCUGUUGAUAGGUGGGGCUGUCAUAUUUGCUUUCACAGAUUGGUACUACACAGGAAAAGGACCCUGUGGAGGACGCUUGGAGCCCAACAUCUUCUACGACGCUCCCUUUUCAUAUAAAGCUAUUGUACAAUCUAUGUGGGACACCACCCUGGUCAGGAUAGCGAAGGAGGAUGUAUGUGAUCUCGAACAUCUUGAACAUUGCUACCAACAUCUCAUCCCUGCAUAUAAGGAGGACUUGAAUAGAAGCCUAUGCCACACAACGACAGACACGAAAAACGCGCCUACAUUUUCAGGAGUAGUGGGAUUCCGCAUAGAUGAAUUCUGUAAGACGAGCGCUACUAUGUAUGGAAGGAGAGCGGGCAAAGUCUCUGCAGUGAGCCAAUCAUGUACCACGCAGUGUGGGAUUUCGGGGUAUGACAUUACACAUCACAUCAGCUUCCUUGGUCCAUGCAAGGCUCCGCAGACUCUGUGCUUCUUCGAGCAAUGUGGAAAGAAAUACAGCCGCCUGUGCAAAAUAUUCUUGAGGUAGCGUUCAUCUGCUCAAGAUUGCCUGGUCGUGUCGUGCACAUUACUUCGAUUCGACUAAGUGACUGCUGCCGCUGUCUUGUGUUCAAUAUUCACUGCAUUGAGACACUGUUUCAGAACUGCUCAGAAUUGUGGACUAUGUGACUCUGUAACAUAUUGAUGCUUCUUUGCCACUUGUGUGUGUAAUUGUUGAAACUGUGUUACAAGAGCUAUAACGUGAGGUUGCGUAAAGUAGGAUGCAACUCGAAACAAGGCUGAUCCGAGUGCC